GUGGAGGGUGGCACAGUGCUCUCAGUGGGUGGGCAGGUUAAUCUGCUCAUCCAACAGGCCAUGGACCCCAUAAACCUUAGCAGGCUCUACCCGGGCUGGCAGGCCUGGGUGUAGCUGUCACACCAGAACAGAAAAAUAUUCUUGAGCUGACGGACAAAGUACGAAAAAUAGAAAUGAGCACCAAUCGGUGGGUGGCCAUUGACGGGCGGCGUCCUCCUAAUCGGUCAGAAAUCAAGCCUCAGUAUGUUCACCAUUUGGCCCCAAAGUCCCUGCCUGAAAUUACCCUCACGACUCCACAACAAAAAGAUUUCAAGCAGAGGUGUGUAAAGUGUAGUGUGGUUGCCGUCAUCUGCUUGCUGCUGCUCCUGCUCCUAGUGGGAAUCCUCCUGGCCUAUUACUAUUCCUCCACCUGUGUGCAUGGAAUACCAUGCGGUAGUAAUACAGGCUGUGUGUGGGAGUCUCAGUGGUGUGAUGGCGUGGUGGACUGUCCAGGGGGGCAAGAUGAAGCUCAUUGUGUGAGGAUUUAUGGUUCCAGUUUCCUGCUUCAGAUCUUCUCAACUCAGACCAAACAAUGGAGGCCUGUUUGUUCGCAUGGCUGGACAGCCCAGCUGGGCCAAGCAAGCUGCCGGGACAUUGGAUACAGCGGGAGCACAAGUGUUACAUCGGGCCUACAUGAGGCACACUCGGAUGAUGCAUUUGUGAUGGUGAAAUCCAACCCGAACCCUCAUUUACCCUUAGUGCAGCAGCUUGCUGUCAGCAACACGUGCCCAAACAACACUGUGGUGACUCUGCGAUGUACAGAUUGUACAGGUGGAGGAAAUUCGAGCAAUUCCUCUCGGGGCCAGCACGGCUCCCUCGGAGCAUGGCCAUGGCAGGUCAGCCUGCGACUUGCGGGCUCCCACCGCUGUGGAGGCGUUAUCAUUUCCCCCGACUGGAUUGUCACAGCAGCCCAUUGUGCAGUAAAGGCUUCCAGUCCUAGAGACUGGUCAGUGUACGCAGGACUUGUGAAACCUUUGGGCGUUGUGAACCGUGUCAUUGCUCAUGAAGGCUUCGACAGAGUUACUUACAGGAAUGACAUUGCUCUGAUGAGGCUGGGCAAACCUUUGGACUUCACAGCCUCUGGUAAUGUUGGUCCCGUGUGCCUUCCAAAUGUUGGUCUAAACAUCUCGGUCCCACUAAAUGGUUGGACAACAAGAUAUGGUGUUUCAGCCGAUGGAGAUUCAACAUACCUGGUUGAGGCUCAGGUCUCCCUCAUGGAUGUUAUGAAAUGCAACAGCUCCAUGACUUACAAAGGACAAAUAUCGAAGGACAUGCUGUGUGCCAAAGGGGUGCAGACUGAAUCGGGUGUAUGCAAAACUGAUAGUGGUGGUCCUUUGGUGUGGCAGAGGGAUGGCUCAUGGUGGCUUGUUGGGGGUAACAUAUGGCCAGAAGGUUGCACUGACCUGAACAAACCUGGUGUUUAUAGCAAUGUCACCUAUUUCUUGGACUGGAUAUACCAUCAAAUGAAGAAAAAUCAAGAUGACUGAAGAUAUGACCUCAUCAGUUUUACACUUGGAUUAAUUGUUCUUAUUCAUUGCCAACAUAAUGUAAGUUAUUUCCAUAAUGCAUCCUUUUGUGUUUGUGCUUUAUGUGGAAUUGUUAUGAACAAGUUAAUGGUUAUCGCUAUUUUCCUAAACCUACAAUUUAGUACAUAGUGGGUGCAGCCAUAAUCUGAAUCUGAUACAGAUGUCACAUUUCAACUGCUGCAUAUCUUGCAUAACUUUACAUGUGAAAUGAUAGUAUGUUCAAUUUAGGUGAGGUAGACAGGCGUCACAUAUUAGAAAAAUAAAUACUCGUUGCCAGAGUUCAAAUCAAUCACAGUCCAGACAUCCUUCUUGUGAAUGAGGAUCAUUAUUUCAUCACAGUCAAGCACAGAGUUCCAAUUAAGUUGGUAUUCAACGUGGUCUUUAUUUACAGAAAUUUUAGUACCGAAAAAUACACUUUACAUAAUAUAAAUAAUUUUCAAGAACUUGUAGUGGCUUUGGCUUCGCGUUCAUCACGAGUGAGUUGCUUGCAAUCGCCAGUUUUUCCACUAGAUGGCGGCAGAUACUGCAUUUAGGUUUGAAAAGAAGCUGAAACCCAUGUUUCGGAUCUGUCGUGCAGCCUUGAUUGUGCUCGAGUCACGCAAUAUUGCUUUUUUUUUUUGGCAAAUGUGCAGCAUGUAGCAAAAUUCCGAUUAAACUCACAUUCAAAUAAUUUCCGUAAUAAGUUGAACAUAGACACAAUGAGUAAAACUACACUAAGACUACAUCACAGCAUUGACUGAAGAUCCAUAUGGCAAUUUAGGCUUCACAACCGCAAACCAUAACCUGUCAUGUUAAGAGAAAGGAGAAGCUCCCCAUUUUGUGCCUUUCAGGUCGGAAUGUUGAGGCACUCUUGUCAAGUCUUUCUAUAAUGACUGUUGUAACAAAAUGUCAAGUACUCAACUGAGCUGAGUUCCAUGAGUGUAGACUGGAACCACAAUGGCGGAUCAGUUUAUUUAAAAGAAACGAGAAUAUUUUGGCACAGUUCUGACAUACUCCCAGAUGAAUACAUGAAGCCCCUUGCUUGUGAAGUUUUGGGUCUGUGUAAAGCCAUGUAAGCAUGGUGGACUCGGUUCAUGACAGUGUUGUUGUCUAAAAGUGGACAAACACAGUGUUCGAAGGCACUACGAGCAAUGUAAACAUAUUUUCCAAUAAUACCAAAGUGUCAGUAAUUGUCCUAGCUGCUUAUCCAACAUGCAUUUCACCAUAAUUUGGGAGUGGAUUUAAAAAGGACAGAUCUCAGGCAAAA